AUGUGCAUCAGCACAAUCUCCCUUUCCAAGGCUCUCAUGAACCUCACAGCACGCUACGGAAAACAUUUUUGGGAACAUGCAGAUCGCAUGGACUUCCACUGCUUUGGUGCCUGUGGCACUUUCAUUGCUGAGCAGCUGGCACUGAGGUUUCCCAGCUCCUGCCGACUCCCAGGGCUAAACAGAUCGAGUUCUGGGAAAAAUGAGGAAAAGAAAGGCAAUAAGGGAAAUGGGAAAGCUGAAUCUGUUUCUGAAGGUGGAAAGACAGCUGUGGUGUUUUCCUUGAAGAAUGAAGUUGGUGGAUUGGUGAAAGCUCUCCGACUCUUCCAGGAGAAACAUGUGAGUAUGGUUCAUAUUGAAUCACGAAAAUCGAAGAGAAGGAACUCAGAGGUGGAAAUUUUUGUGGACUGCGACUGCAGUAAGAAAGAAUUUAAUGAACUAAUCCAGCUGCUCAAGUUUCAAACUAAUAUUGUAUCUCUCAAUCCACCGGAAAACAUCUGGACUGAUGAAGAAGAUCUCGACUGUGUCCCUUGGUUCCCCAGGAAGAUAUCUGAAUUAGACAAAUGCUCACAGAGAGUUUUGAUGUAUGGAUCUGAGCUGGAUGCAGAUCACCCCGGAUUUAAAGACAAUGUCUAUCGACAGAGAAGAAAGUACUUUGUGGAUGUUGCCAUGAGCUAUAAAUAUGGUCAACCCAUUCCCAGAGUGGAGUACACAGCUGAAGAAAUUAAAACAUGGGGAGUGGUAUUUAGGGAACUCAGUAAACUCUAUCCCACCCAUGCUUGUCGUGAAUAUUUAAAAAACUUCCCUCUGCUGACCAAGUACUGUGGAUACAGAGAGGAUAAUGUACCUCAGUUGGAAGAUGUUUCUAUUUUUCUUAAAGAAAGGUCUGGCUUCACAGUGAGACCAGUUGCUGGAUACCUGUCUCCCCGAGAUUUUUUAGCUGGCUUAGCAUAUAGAGUUUUUCACUGUACUCAGUACAUACGACAUGGCUCAGAUCCUCUCUACACACCGGAACCGGAUACGUGCCAUGAACUCUUGGGACACGUGCCUCUACUUGCUGAUCCCAAGUUUGCACAGUUUUCACAAGAGAUAGGACUUGCUUCACUGGGAGCAUCUGAUGAAGAUGUUCAGAAAUUAGCCACCUGCUAUUUUUUUACCAUUGAGUUUGGCCUUUGCAAGCAAGAAGGACAACUACGUGCUUAUGGGGCAGGACUUCUGUCUUCUAUUGGCGAAUUAAAGCAUGCUCUCUCUGACAAGGCCAAUGUGAAAACAUUUGAUCCAAAGACAACCUGUUUGCAAGAAUGCCUUAUCACUACUUUCCAGGAAGCUUACUUUGUUUCGGAAAGUUUUGAAGAAGCCAAAGAAAAGAUGAGGGACUUUGCCAAAUCAAUCAAUCGUCCCUUCUCUGUGUAUUUCAAUCCAUAUACGCAAAGCAUUGAGAUUCUGAAGGAUACCAGGAGUAUAGAAAAUGUUGUCCAGGACCUGCGCAGCGAUCUAAACACCGUAUGUGAUGCUUUAAGCAAAAUGAACAGAUAUUUAGGGAUUUGA